AUGACCAUCCAGCCUGGCCUCCGAGCUUUCGAGUCUCUGAUUGAAAUCUUAUUCUGCUUACCCGGAAAAAUGACGCCUCUUGUUGCCAUGCUUUUGGCCGUGUUGUACGCCACGUUGGCGUUGGGCGAUUCAUGCCCUGUUAUUACACAACAACUUAGCGAUCCACCUUAUGAGAACUACUUCUACUCCGAUUGCAAUACGGAUGCGCAAGUUGUUGUUACGAGUCCUAUGCCGGAUAGUAACCUGUCGAUUAUCGGACCUCGACUCAUUGUUGCAUGGCCUGCGGGGAACAGCGGUAUAUGCACGUUCUUCCAGCCCCAAGACGAGAAGAAUGGAACUCUAGCGAUCGAACUGGUCAAUUCGACUCUCGGAUCGCCACUGGGCGUCAUCAACCGCGAAGAAAAUGGAUCAGAUUAUCCUUACGUUGGAGUCGAGGGUGUUCUGUCGUUCAACUCGUCGGCGAACCUCACGGUUGCUAUUUUGGGUUCGAUCCGGAACAUAAGGGAUUUUACUGAAGGGCCGAGCAUCAUUAAUCCGGCGAUUCAAAAUGCCACAAACGUCACGAGAGUAAAGAAUGGCGGUGUUCUCAUAUCGAGAUUGUGGUUGGACAAUGUGACGACGACGAACCUGUUGCUGGAGCCAUGGAAGAAUAAGGAUAUCAGCGUUUCAAUCUACAACGACACUGUCAGUUUUGGUGCGGGCUUCUACAAGUUCUCGGCAUCGUUCAACUAUCCUCAAUUGAAGCAGCUAUCUCCCCAACAGGUUCUCAACAGCCAGUCGAAAUCACUGGCUAAGAAAGAGCAGUCAGAGGUCAGGUCGCUGUCCUUCUUCUCGUAUACUGACAAGCUGCUCGCAGGUGGAUGGCGAUUCUUGACGUACUUUGGCCGCGACACUAUGAUCGCCGCUCUCUUACUCGAACCCGUGCUCAGUACUGGGAAUAAUUCAGCUUUGGAAGCGGUGAUCGGUGCAGUGUUGGAACGGAUAAAUCGCACAGAUGGAUCGGUCUGCCAUGAAGAGACCAUCGGUGACUACGCGACGCUUCUGAACUUACAGGACGGCAUUGAUUCGACGGCACCGGGCUUUACGUAUCCCAUGAUUGAUACAGACUACUUCCUGCCAGUUCUCAUGGAUCGGUAUUUCAGUACUACCCCAAAGCGAGUCAAACCAUUGCUGAGCACAAAGGCUGGCAACGUUGAUGUCGAGAACCGGAAUCUGACAUGGGGCAACUUGAGCUACAUCAACGCACAGAAGAUUAUGAACAUUACAGCAGCGUUUGAGAAGGAGCAGUCGGUAGAGAACUUGAUCCAGCUGAAGAAGGGUGAGCUAGUUGGGCAAUGGAGGGACUCAACAUAUGGUCUUGCUAAUGGGCGGAUACCCUUCGACGUGAACUGUGCUCUUGUACCAGCGGCACUAUAUGCUAUUUCCAACUUGGCCAAGGUUGAUGGAGUUUAUCCCAAUAAUUCUGUCACCAAAGAUUGGAGUUCCGUUGCGGCAAAGAGGGCAAAGAUCUGGGAGGACAAUACCCUACCGUUGUUCGAGUAUGAUCUCACUGUUGGCACGGCUACUUCGAACUUGAAGGACUACGUUAAGGAGAAUACCUUCUACGAUGGACCAACUCAUGCAGAUUCAGUUGCCAACUACUCAUCUUCUGGGGAAGUCGUUGACUACGCUCUAGCCAUCAACACUACCAAGGAUGAGGAAAAGAUACGCAUCACGCACACUGACACGGCAUUCCGUCUGUUUCUUCUCAACUCAACCAACAACGCCCAGCUCACGACCUUCUUAAACGCAACAGCCAACGCCAUCCUUCGUCCAUUCCCAGCCGGCCUGAGUACUCCUCUCGGCAUCGUGGUUGCAAACCCAGCACUAGCAGGCAAAGAAGUCUUCACCGCCAACUUCACCAACGCGGCGUAUCAUGGUACUGUAGUCUGGAGCUGGCAACUCGCCCUCAUGGCUAAAGGCCUUGAGCGUCAACUUGCACGAUGUUCAUCGCCCCAGUCUAAAGAAGACGAAGAUGCUCCUGCAUUUUGCAGUAAUAGCCGAGUGCGCACAGCUUUGAAGAGUGCUUACAAUCGAUUGUGGGACAUUAUUGAGGAUAACAGCGAGAGAUUGCAGUCAGAGGUCUGGAGCUGGAGCUAUAGUUCGAAGAGUGGUUACAAGUUCGCGCCUUUGGGGACGUUGCCCCCUCCGCCGGGACUCAGCUCUGGGACGGAGAGUAAUGUUAGGCAGUUGUGGAGUUUGACAUUCUUGGCUGUGAAGAAGAACAAGGAAUUUGCUUGA